AUGUCCGACAGUAUGAUACGUGAAAAACCGACGGCAUUUGGAUCAAUUCGUCAGAAUAAUAUAUUUAAUGGUCAUUCUCCAUUGAAAUUAUUUACUCAUGCAAAAAUAACGAUAACUGACAUUUUUAAAAAUAUUGCAUCAUAUGUCAAUGAUUCAAAUACAUAUCUUAAUGAUGUAAUAAAAUCUGAUCGAAAUUUAAUAACUAAUGAUAAAUAUAAAGAAAUACAACAAUUAAAAGAAAGAGUUAGUCGGAUAUUAUCAAUUAUAUCACGUGAUCAUAUGAAAGUUGUUUUUUUUGGAAGAACAAGUAAUGGAAAGAGUACAGUUAUGAAUGCAAUGUUAAGAGAAAAAAUAUUACCAAUUGGUAUGGGACAUACAACAAAUUGUUUUCUUCAAAUCGAAGGAACAGAUAAAAAUGAACCAUCAGUUCUUAUACCAGGAUCUGACGAACUAAAAAGUAUAAAUAAUUUAAGUAGUAUUGGUAAUGCUUUAUCAAGAGAAAAACUUGAUUCAGAUUCUCUUGUAAAAAUUUUAUGGCCAAAAGAAAAAUGCCGUCUUAUUCGAGAUGAUGUGAUUCUAGUCGACAGUCCUGGCAUCGAUGUUUCAGUUAAUCUUGAUGAAUGGAUUGAAAAAUAUUGUUUAGAUGCUGAUGUAUUUGUACUUGUUAUAUCAGCUGAAGCAACGAUUGCAGGAGCAGAAAAGAAAUUUCUACAUCAUGUUGCUGAACGUUUAUCAAAUCCAAAUAUAUUUAUUUUAAUGAAUCGUUGGGAUGCAAUAGAUAAUGAACCUGAAAUGGUUGAAUUGGUGAAACAACAACAUCUUGAUCGAGGUUUAGAAUUUCUAUGUGAUGAAUUAAAUCUAUGUCAACGAAAAGAAGCUGCUGAACAUCGAAUGUUUUUUAUUUCAGCACGUGAAGCUUUAUUAAAUCGAAAUGUGAAUAUAAGUACUUUAUCAAAAAGUGGAUUUAAUAAAGCAUAUAAAGAACGUCUUAUUGAAUUUAAUAAAUUUGAACAUGAAUUUGAAAAAUGUAUAUCAAAAACAGCUGUAAAAACAAAAUUUGAACAACAUACAAAUCGUGGAAAAGAAAUUCUUAUAUUAUUAUGUGAAACAAUAACUAAUAUAAUUAAUAAAUCACAAACAAUAAAACAAGAAUCUAGUGAAAAAUUAAUUGAAACGGAAGAUAGAAAUAAUUUUCUUGAACGUGAAUUAAUUUUAAUAACAGAAUUAGCUAAAGAAAAAAUUCGAUAUGUAUCAGAAGAUGUUUAUCAAAGAGUUGCACAAACUUUAAAUGAUGAAAUUAAACGUCUUUAUACAUUAAUUGAAGAAUUUGAUCGUCCAUUUUCAUCUGAUUAUAAUCAAAUUCCACUCUAUAAACAAGAUUUACAUCGUUGGGUUGAACAACAACUUGGUACAAAUUUACAAAAUCGUCUUCAUACAACAUUAUAUAAUUCAUUAGAUAUUGUUCAUAGUGAAAUAAAAGAACGUAUUAAAUCAAUAUUAUUAACAAAUGAACGUAAAUUAUUUGUUGAUUCAAUAAUACCACGUUCUGAUUUUGCUAUAUCAUAUCGUUUGGAUUGUUCAAAUCUUUGUUCAGAUUUUCAUGAAGAUAUACAAUUUAAAUUUUCAUUAGGUUUAACAUCAUUAUGGGAAAAUUUUGUUCAAAAUCAAAAUAAAUCAACAAACUAUAUAUCUUCAUCAUUAUUAAAUUCUUCAAAUGAUUUAUUUACAACAUCAAAAUCUAGUUUAGUUACAUUAGGUAUAUCAGCAUUAAUAUGGCGUAGUAUUGGAUGGAAAAUGGUUGCUAUUAUUGGUAGUAUUUAUGGUAGUUUGUAUCUUUAUGAAAGAUUAAUGUGGACAAAAAAAGCACAAGAACGUGCAUUUAAACGUCAAUAUGCUGAUUAUAUAUCAGCAAAAAUGAAAUUAAUUGUUGAUUUAACAUCAGGUAAUGCAAGUGCACAAGUUCAUCAAGAAUUAUCAAUGUAUUUUGCACAAACAAUACAUUAUGUUGCUAUGGAAAAAGAUGAUAUAUUAGAUAAUAUACAAGAAAUCAAAAAUGAAAUUAAUCAUUUAAAAUCUUAUAUUGAUAAAGGAAAAAAACUUACGAAACAAAUCGAUAAAAUUGACCAUGAAUUAAAUCAAUUUGCAAAACAAUAUUUAUUAACUGAUUCAACGAACAUAACAAAUUAA